GAACUACAAGUUAUCCAUCCAUAAGAAAAUAAGAGAGGAGGAAGGAGUAUAGAACUACCUAGAAGAGAAAGGGAAGAGAAAAAUGUCACAUAUCUCUGUCCACUGCUGUAACAACUUCAGCUUGGCUGGUCCCCAAGCAUUCACAGCCACCAGAAGAUGCAUCACAACAUCCUUUGCUGCUAAAUCUGGAGGAUUUUCACUUAAUUCCAUACUUAAAGGUUGUGAAACCUGUAGCGGAAAAGGAGCCAUCGAAUGCCCUGGAUGUAAGGGGACGGGAAAGAAUAAGAAGAAUGGGAAUAUAUUUGAAAGAUGGAAAUGUUUUGACUGUCAAGGAUUCGGGCUAAAGAGUUGCCCCAGCUGCGGAAAGGGAGGGUUGACGCCGGAACAGAGAGGAGAAAGAUAGAAUUUGUUCGACUUAUUAAUGCCUAUAAUUCGCAGUUGCAGUGUAUUGUAUGUAUCCCGUGAUGAAAAAUGCUAUUGCUGUAUUUUGUAGUGGAAUGUAUAUUUUAUUUCCAAAUGCAAUUAAGUAUAAGCGAUUGUGAAAUAAGAUUCCAAAACGGUAAUACCAGCGAGA